AUGGUCAACAUCCCCAAGACGCGCCGGACCUACUGCAAGGGCAAGACGUGCAGGAAGCACACCCCCCACAAGGUCACCCAGUACAAGAAGGGCAAGGAUUCGUUGGCCGCGCAGGGGAAGCGCCGUUACGACCGCAAGCAGUCGGGUUACGGUGGACAGACCAAGCCCGUCUUCCACAAGAAGGCCAAGACGACGAAGAAGGUCGUUCUCCGGCUAGAGUGCACCGUCUGCAAGUACAAGAUGCAGCUUUCCCUGAAGCGCUGCAAGCACUUCGAGCUCGGUGGUGAGAAGAAGACGAAGGGUGCUGCGCUCCAAUUCGUACGUGCUCCCCUCUUGAUCGUCUCUGCCUGA